UGGCAUUGAAGAUCUCAUGGAGAAUGGUUAAGUAGGAGUCAGUGACAUCACUCGGCAGGAAACACUCUUGGAAGGAAGAGUUGCUAUCAAAGCAAUCUUACAUGAUGAUAAAAGACUCCCAGAUAACCUCCUCUGUAGUUGAAGACUUACUCCACUGCUCAUAGAGCUGCUUAUUGACUGAAAUACAGACAUUUCAGAUAGUGGAUUUUCAGCAUGAAAUGUCAUUUGAUAAAUUUGUUCCUGACCUUCCAUAAAAAUGUCCAAGCAACAGCCUGCUCAGUUUACCAAUCCAGAAACCCCUGGCUAUGUUGGAUUUGCAAACCUGCCCAAUCAAGUUCACCGAAAGUCUGUGAAAAAGGGGUUUGAAUUUACUCUUAUGGUGGUUGGUGAAUCUGGAUUGGGGAAAUCUACAUUAAUAAAUAGCCUCUUCUUGACAGAUCUCUACCCAGAAAGGAUAAUCCCAGGAGCUGCUGAGAAGAUUGAGCGCACUGUGCAGAUUGAAGCCUCAACAGUAGAAAUUGAAGAGAGGGGUGUGAAGCUACGCCUGACUGUUGUAGAUACACCAGGAUAUGGGGAUGCUAUCAAUUGUCGAGACUGUUUCAAGACCAUAAUCUCGUAUAUUGAUGAGCAGUUUGAGCGAUACCUGCAUGAUGAGAGUGGUUUGAACAGAAGACACAUCAUAGAUAACCGGGUCCAUUGCUGCUUCUAUUUCAUUUCGCCAUUUGGUCAUGGCCUUAAGCCUCUGGAUGUUGAGUUCAUGAAGGCUAUACACAACAAAGUAAAUAUUGUACCAGUGAUUGCAAAAGCUGAUACUCUUUCACUGAAAGAGCGAGAAAGACUAAAGAAAAGGAUUCUGGAUGAAAUAGAAGAGCAUGGCAUUAAGAUUUAUCACCUGCCUGAUGCUGAAUCUGAUGAGGAUGAAGAUUUUAAGGAGCAGACUAGACUCCUGAAGGCCAGCAUUCCAUUUUGUGUAGUGGGUUCCAAUCAACUUAUUGAAGCCAAAGGUAAAAAAGUUAGAGGUCGACUUUACCCCUGGGGUGUAGUUGAAGUGGAAAAUCCGGAACAUAAUGACUUCCUGAAGCUGAGGACCAUGUUAAUCACCCAUAUGCAAGAUCUUCAGGAGGUGACCCAGGAUCUUCAUUAUGAGAACUUCCGCUCUGAGAGGCUCAAACGAGGCGGCAGGAAAAUAGAAGAUGAAGAAGUAAAUAAAGACCAGAUUCUGCUCGAAAAAGAAGCUGAACUUCGUCGUAUGCAGGAGAUGAUUGCAAGAAUGAAGGCCCAGAUGCAGCUGCAGAUGCAAAGUGGAGACGGAGAUAACAGCGCAGUUCAUGAGCACCAUGUAUAAAUAAUUAUACCUUGACUUAACGGAGACCUUCUGAAGUUGAAUUACGGUGGUGUUAUACCAGAAAGGAUGCCUUUUGUUCAACAUGUGACUUGGAGUUUGCUUUAAAGUUUAAUGUGGAAAUGCAUUGUGGUAACUUGUGAUGCAUAUUUCAUAACAUGUAGUCAGUAUUUUAUAUAUUAUGCACAUUUGACUUUGGUUUUGUUUAGUAAUUCUUAUAUUGAGCUGAUUUUUCAGUUUCCCAUUGUAUGAGGGAUAAGAAAUAGACAUUGAAACUUU